UCGCCGCUCUACGUACUCUUUCUCUUUCUUCUUUCCAUCGGUCUUUUCUUCCCUUCUCUCUCUCUCUCUUUCCCUCCAAUCUUCAAAAACCUCCAUAACUCCCUCCCUUUUCCUCCGUCUUUCCCGAUGUCGAACGCCGUCGAAGAUCUCAUCCUUCGCCACCGCCAUCGCCACUCCGAUUUCCGAUUUCAUCUCCUUCAAUCUCGCUCUCACCAUCGCGAUAUGUCUUCGUCGUCUGCUUCUUCUUCUUCUUCUUCAGCUCCAGCUCUUCCGCCUCUUUGUUUACUUCAGUGUCAUCGGCCUUUUCCGCCGUCGGAUCAGUCCAACGCUUGCAACUGCCGUCAUGCUCCCGGCGCACAUUCUACAGUUGCUACGCUCGACUUGAAACGAACAUAUGGUAUCAAUGACUCUGAGGCCUUGGCUUGUGGACGAGUUGUAGCCUCUGAACAGAGGAUGCGAUCUAAUGAUUCUUUAUGUAAACCAGUAUCCAGUGCAAAUAAAAAGCAAAACAAAAAGUUGAAGUUGCAGAAAAAUUCAAAGUCGAGGACUCAAAAAUCCGUAGACGAGCCUAUUGAUGAUCCUAAUCUUUCUACCAACGGUCGGUACGACAGUUCAUUAGGAUUCUUGACAAAAAAAUUUAUCAGGUUAGUUCAGGAGGCUGAAGAUGGAACACUUGACUUAAAUAAAACUGCAGACGUAUUAAAGGUUCAAAAGAGGAGGAUUUAUGACAUUACAAAUGUUCUCGAGGGAAUAGGGCUUAUAGAGAAAACGACGACAAAUCAUAUACGUUGGAAGGGAUGCGAGAGGCGUGGGCCUCAAGAGCUCAACGAUCAAGUUGGUAAACUAAAGGCUGAAGUUAAAAGUUUGUAUGCAGAUGAACAUAGACUUGAUGAACUUAUAAGGAUGAAACAAGAACUUCUGAGAAAUCUCGAGGAAAAUGCAAAUCACAGAAAGAAUCUUUUUAUAACGGAAGAAGAUAUCUUGCGAGUUCCUAGUUUCAAGAAUCAAACACUCAUAGCAGUACAAGCCCCUCAAGCUAGCUGUAUUGAAGUGCCUGAUCCGGAUGAGGAAGCUUGUUUUUCUGAAAGGCAGUGUAGACUGAUCAUCAAAAGCACCACUGGGCCAAUUGAUUUGUACCUCUUGAGGACUGCAAAACAAGGGCUGGAAGAAAAUAGUUCCAAGCAAGCGAAACUAUCUUCUUCGGUACAGCAGAGGAAUCCCAACAUACAUACCAACAAUAUUUGUUCUCCUUUCCACGAAUUUCAUGGAAUGCAGAGAAUCUUACCUUUAUAUAAUAAUAUAGACGAUGAUUAUUGGUUCCAAUCAAAUUCUCAAGUGAGCAUUACGCACUUAUGGGGUGAGGAACACAACUUUUAACUUGUCCUGGAAGACCCCAACCAAUCAAGGACCUCUGGUUUUCUUUAUGGAGGACGACACAACUUUUUUCCAUAAAAGAGGUCAGAUUUCGACACUUUUUCCAUUUCCUACAGAAAAAUUACCUCCGAUAAUAAAGAGAGCAACAAUGAAAUGUGUAUCAACGCUCAGCUCAAAGAGAUAAAGUGUUCUGUCUCUUCUCCACAGCAUUUUUGUCGAAAGAGGUAUGCCGAGACCUCCUUACUUACAGUAUCUUAUUUCCUUACUCUUUUUUAAAUGCUUAGGGUAAUUGAUUGUGCUAUUUAUGACCAUAUCUAUAUUUAUAUGAAAUUGUAAUUCAUGAUCUUGUUAUUUAGACUAUAAAACAAAGGUGCUAUACCAAUAAAAGGUAUUUUUUUUCUUUA